UCCUCGUCCUCCAACGCGGACUCCGGCAGGUCUCUCGCCAGAGUCCUGGAACUCGACUCCUCGGCUCCCUCGCUGCAUCGGACCACCGGCGUGCCCCACCAUGUCAGACGCGGCCGUGGACACCAGCUCCAAGAUCACCACCAAGGACUUGAAGGAGAAGAAGGAAGUUGUGGAGGAGGCAGAGAAUGGAAGAGAUGCACCUGCCAAUGGGAAUGCUCAAAAUGAGGAAAAUGGGGAGCAGGAGGCUGACAAUGAGGUAGAUGAAGAAGAGGAAGAAGGUGGGGAGGAAGAGGAGGAGGAGGAAGAAGGUGACGGUGAGGAAGAGGAUGGAGAUGAAGAUGAGGAACCUGAGGCUCCUACUGGCAAGCGGGUAGCUGAGGGUGAUGAGGAUGAUGAUGUUGACACCAAGAAGCAGAAGACUGACGAGGAAGACUGA